AUGAACCUAGAAGAGACCGGUGCCCAGCGGAAGUUGAAUUUGCGAGAAUUGGAGAAGAUCCGGAAUGAAACCUACGAGAAUGCACUAAUUUACAAAGAGAGGAGCCGAGCAUUUCAUGACCAACAAGUCUCUAGGAAAACCUUUGAAGUUGGUCAAAAGAUUCUUCUGUACCAAUCCAGGCUCAAGCUCUUCCCAGUUGAAAUCCAGAGUGCUAAGACCGACAAUAAGUUUGUGGUGAAUGGACACUGUCUCAAACAUUAUUACGAAGCCUUUCCAAGUGGAGAAGUGGAGACGAUAAGUUUAGAUGCACCGCCGUAUCCCGAUUAG